GCUGAAGUCGCGGCGCCGUCGCUGCUCUCUCCGCCCGGGGCCGCCGGGCCAUGGCCGUCCGCGGCGGCGGCGGCGGCACCGCCCUGACGCCUUUCUCCAUCCAGGCCAUCCUCAACAAGAAGGAGGAGCGCGCCCGCGGUUGGCGGCCGUGCUCUGCCCGAGCCGAGGCCCCGCCGCCGCCCGGCCGGCGUCCGCCGCCCGCCUGGGACUCGGACUCGGCGCUGAGCGAGGAGCCCGACGGCGAGCGGCGCUGCGAGGAGGACGGCGCCGGGGGCAGCGCCCGCCCCCCCGAGGCUGCGGGCAGGGGGCGGCCGGCGGCGGAGGCGCGGACUUCGGAGGCGGCGGCGGAGCGGGACCGGGACCGGGACGGAGCGCGCAGCGACAGCGAAGCGUCGGCCGCCGCCUCAGGUAUAGAGGGGGGGCGGGAGGAGAGCGGGGAGGUGCGGGGUGGGGAUGGACGUGGGGCGUCCCGGAGACCGCGGGCCGUGACGCCGCGCUCUGCCCUGCCCGCAGGUCGCGGCCCGGCCGAGGAGGAGGAUGCGGCGGGCGGGAGGCUGCUGGCGGCCGACGAGGAGGCGGCGGCUCCGAAGCCUCGCAAGAAGCGCUCCCGGGCCGCCUUCUCCCACGCGCAGGUGUUCGAGCUGGAGCGGCGAUUCAACCACCAGCGUUACCUGUCGGGGCCCGAGCGAGCCGACCUGGCCGCCUCCCUGCAGCUGAGCGAGACACAGGUGAAGAUCUGGUUCCAGAACCGCCGCUACAAAACCAAGCGGCGGCAGAUGGCGGCCGACCUGCUGGCCGCCGCCCCGGCCGCCAAGAAGGUGGCCGUCAAGGUGCUGGUGCGCGACGACCAGAGACAGUACCAGCCCGGCGAAGUGCUGCGGCCGCCCUCGCUCCUCGCCCUGCAGCCGUCCUACUACUAUCCCUACUACUGCCUGCCCGGCUGGGCCCUGUCCUGCGCCGCGGCCGCCGGCACGCAGUGAGCGCCCCGACGGCACCGCCCCGACGGCAGCACCGCGGCGUCCCGGACAGUAUUUAUUGCUAUUUUAUUGUUAUUUUUAUUAUUAAUAUUAUUCGGACGGUCGCUCAACCUCUCCCCAUCCGCCCCGGCGGCCGAGGACACGCGGCCGAGGUACAGCCGCUCCGUGGGAUCCACGCUGCGGUGCGGCGGCUGCGGAGCGUUGGUUUGUUUGCUCCGUUCAUCGUCGGAUCGGCAGAGACUCGCGUGGGAGACACAAAGAGAGAGUGUGUGUGUGUUGGGAUGGGAGGGGGGGGAAACACCCAACCGAACGCGGCUCCGAGGAGAUGAGAACGGAUCCCGGGGGGCUCCGAGAGCACCGAGAGCGGGGCCGAAUGGACGGAGCCUCUCCCACCCCCACCCGCUGCGUAGGAUAACCGUGUCCUCAAGGGUGAGAUCCGCCCCAACGCUCCAGGCUUCUUCUUCUUCUUCUCCUUUAUUUUUCCUCUUUAUUUUAUUUUUUUUUUUAUUUUUUUCUUUUUUUUUUUUUUCCCUGAGAUCUUUCCGUGUUCGGGGAGGAUUCUGGAUGUUGUCGCACUUUCCGGUUGUAUUAAAGUUCUUGUCGUUCUUAUUUUUAUAUCCAAUGUGAAUAUUUCUAGGCAGGCUUUAAAAACAAACAAAGCAAAGCAAAGAAAAAAUCGAUGUAAGGGGAAAUGCUGAAUGCCACCAAGUGCCUUCUGUUCCGCAGCCCUCCUCAGCAGGGUAAUUACGGGCUCUUUUCCCUCGAGGUAAAAAACCCAUCGCUUUGUUUCUUUCUUUCUUUUUCUCCCUUUCGUGGCACUGUGCACUCAACGACCUUACGGACCCCCCCAAUGAAUCGUGAAUGUGUGUAAGCAGCCCGCUGUAUUUUUUUUUUGGUUUUGUUUUGUUUUGUUUUUCUUUUUAAUUUAUAAACGUUACGUUCCCAC